AUGUCGAGCAGUUUGCUCCUUAUUAGACCUGAAAUGAUUAAUCUAACUAUGAUUACACGGGCUUCCCAAUGGCAAAAGCUCUCUAGCAUUUUUUGGACACGGCCAAAUUCUGUGCGGAAUUUUCACCUAAAUAACACAUUAUGGAAGGAAAAAAAGAGUAAAAAAUUAUCUUCUGAAAGUAUCAAAGAUUCCGAAGUGUACAGCGAUGUUUUAAACAAAAUGGAAAGUGAAAUGUCUCAGAUUCAUAAGAAGUUGGAAGCGGGAUUCAAGGAAUUGGCUUUAUCACCAAAUCAAGGAGUUUUCAAUCAACUAGAAAAACUUUCCGUUCAUUUUGGAUCAUCUACCUCUAAGAAAAAUUCCAAUGAAAGUCAAUUACUUCGCGACGUGGCUUCCCUUACCAAAAAAAGUGCUCAGCAGCUUAUAAUUCACCCAUACGAAGAAUCCUACAUGAAGCAUGUUUUAAAAUCAUUGGAUGAAUCAUCGCUCCCCAUUAAAGCAUCUAAGACAGAUUCAUCAACCAUCAUGGUUGUACCUCAGAAGACAACCCAAGAAAGCAGACAACGAUUAGCUAAAGAACUGGAGAAUCAUGCUAAGAAAUCCAAAGAUACUGUUUCUUCUAUGAGGAAUGACGUGAAAAAGGCGAUUGCAAAGUACAAGAAAGAACGAGCAUGGACAACUGAUGACUGUUACAACGCUGAAAGCCAUAUGCAAGUAAUUUACAAGAAGUCUGUGUCGACACUUGAUACCAUUCUCAACAAUGUAUUGAAGAAAGUUUUGAAUCCAUAA